AUGUCCUUCAGCAAGAGCAAGCGCUUGCCAUCUCUACAGAGCUGUGCCGAGACGGCCAUGGGGACUGUUCCACGGGCAAUCUCAGUGCUGGUCGCAGCACACGUAGCACCAGCCGACCAGGGUGCCGGGCUGGGAAUGGUCGGCUGGUUCGGCCCGAACAGCGAGGAGACUUCCGAUAGGGCGACUGCUGGUGGAAUAUUCAUGGCGGAAUACUUCACAGAAGAGCAAGUUUCAGAGCACUUCGGUCAGCACGGGCUGUGGUACAAAGCAGCCUUUGAUGACUAUGACCUGGACGGUGGCGGCUCCAUCUCGACCAGCGAGCUGGGCACAGCCAUGCGAUGCCUGGGACAAUGCCCGGCGGACGAUGAGUUGGUGCAGUGGAUCAACGAGGUCGACCAGGAUGGCAACGGUGAGUUAGACUUCCAGGAGUUCUUGAAUCUCAUGGCGAAGUUGGUGGGAAGAGAUCCCUAUGAAGAGCUCAACGAUGCAUUGAAAGUCUUCGACCGACAGGGUGAUGGAUACAUCUUGGUCAAGGAGCUCAAGCAUGUGCUAACCCGCAUGGGUGACGUGCUCACAGCCGAAGAGGUGGAUGAAUGGCUGGUGGCAGCAGAGAUCACUCCUGAGGGAGCCAUUCACAUCGAACGCUUCUUGGAGCAGUACUUUGGAUUUCUGAAGAAGAACUGUUCAGCUCAAGUGGCAAGCUGCACCCACUGGCGCCCAGGGUCCAAGAAAUACACGGUGGAAUUUCCAGACGCAUUGGUGGUGGUGCAACCCCUACAAAGUGAGAGCGAUACGAGCGGCGCGGUCCGGGUGACCUCGCGCCAGCCACAGCGACAAGAGCUGACGCAACCGCAGGCAUUUCAUGUCUGGAACCGCUUGGAAGAAAAGAGCUUCGUGCAAUGGGAAGACCGUUGGUGCACGCGAGUGGCUGAGACUGAAGCUGCCGGGCCCAGCUGUAGUUUGCCCAUAGCACUGGUGGAGGUGUUGCAAGGCAUUUGGCGUGAUGCACUGGCGCGGGGCCGACGCUUCGUGUGCAUCAUAGAGACCUGCCACGAUUGCGAAGAUCACCGGCGAACGACCAAGCACAAGCCUGAGAAAUACCGAGCCUAUGCCGCCCAGGUGACCGAUUUGAUCGCCAAGGAGUUCUCCUUCAUGGCUGUGGAGCAGAUGCAUCUAAGCCGACACUACUGGGCCAAGCGCGUUGUGCGUCGGCUGGGUGCCUUUGAAGUCUACAUCUUGGCCCCGGACGGUCCUUUGAAUGACAAGGCCUGUGUGAUUUCGUUGGCCCACUCCAAGCUGACCAGUUUGAAUUGGCCCAAUUUGGGACUGUUGAAGACUCGCUUGGUGUCUGCCUUGCCAGGCAUAGUGCGGCGGAUCCUGCUUCUUCGCUCGCAGAACUGGAACGUGACGGAGGGACAGAUGGUGAUGCAAGAAGCGAAAGCCUGGGGCCUGUCGCAGUGGGAUGCCCUGGAUGGCCUUGCAGAUCAAGUCUCAUCUGCAAAUCGUGUGCUGGAACAAGGGCAGUCCGCCUUGGAACGCAACGACAAAGAGGCGCUGCGGGAAGCCAUCAGCGACUGCCAGGAGUUGCAGUUGGUGGAUGAUCUCAUAGGAGGUUGGAUGGAUGAACUGAAGCAGAAGAACAUGGCAUUGUUUAGCAUCAAGCUUCACGCCAAGCGCUUCCAACGCAACGCCGCCUUCGCGGCAGCGUCGCGGCAGUUGGUGGGGGCCCAGCAACGACCCCUGCGCAAAGCCAAGUUGGAGGCAGCUAUCUUGAAGGCACAAAAAGCAGAGGUCCCAGAGGAAGAGAUUCUUCCAGCAGCUCAUCUGCAGUCGCGGGUGGAAGAUGCGAUCUACAGAAUCACUUCAGCAAUGGAGCAACAGACUCUGCUUGAGAUGGCUUGUGGCAUCGAUGAGGCGCAGGAGCUGGGAGUCCAGGACGAGGCCUUGUCCAAGGCCCAAAGCCUCCUGACCUCCUUUGGUCAGCGUGCGCAGCGCGCGUCGGAGCAACGGGACCUGGACAUGAAUGCACACAUGCAGACGAAGUGGAAACCGGUGAGCCUCGCGCCGCGCACGCCGUCAUACGUCUCAGCCGCAUCCACCAUGGCAGCCUUCGUGGCCCCAAGCCUCAAAGGCUUCAGCGUGACGCCAGCGACCACUUCGGCACCUCAGCCGGCUUUGCAAGGUCCGUGUCCCAGCUCCUCCUUUCCCACCACUGCCGCUGCCACUGCCUCCAUCGCCGGUGCCCUAGUGGCCCGCAGCGUGGGACGUCAGCGUCGCCGCCUGCCUAAGGGGCGGCCGUCGGUGACACGACAAGCGUCGACGUUGGAUCAGCUUAAGGAGGUCACGGGGAAAGAUGGUGGCAUCCCUUUGGACAAGUACCGCAACAUCGGCAUCAUGGCCCACAUCGAUGCCGGAAAAACCACCACCACUGAGCGCAUCCUGUACUACACGGGUCGUGAGAAGAAAAUUGGUGAGGUGCAUGAGGGCCAAGCCACUAUGGAUUGGAUGGAGCAGGAGCAGGAGCGAGGCAUUACCAUCACCAACGCAGCUACCACAGCCUUUUGGAACAACCACCGCAUCAACAUCGUGGACACCCCCGGCCACGUGGACUUCACCCUGGAGGUGGAACGCUCCCUGCGCGUCCUCGACGGGGCCGUCGCUGUCUUCGAUGGCGUGGCCGGGGUGGAGCCGCAGAGCGAGACCGUCUGGCGCCAGGCGGACAAGUACAAGGUACCCCGCAUGUGCUUCGUGAAUAAGAUGGACCGUGAGGGUGCUGACUUCUUCAAAGAUGUUCAGAUGAUGGUGGAUCAACUGGGUACCAAUCCCGUGCCAAUUCAACUGCCCAUUGGCAAGGCGGCUGGCUUUAAGGGUGUUUAUGACUUGGUCGAGAUGAGGUCCAUCAUUUGGACAGGAGAGGAGCUGGGUGCCAACUUUGAGUACAAAGAUGAGAUUCCCGAGGGCAUGGAGGAGUUGGUGGAAAAAUACCGCGAGAAUUUGAUCGAGAAGGCUGCAGAGCAAGAUGAAGAAGUCCUGGAAGCCUAUUUGGAGACCGGUGAGGCCCCAGACACGGAGACUUUGAAGAAAUGCAUCCGUAAGGGAACCCUGAGUUUCAGCUUUGUCCCCGUUCUCUGUGGAACCGCCUUCAAGAACAAGGGUGUCCAGCCGUUGUUGGAUGCUGUUUGCGACUAUUUACCUUCACCUUUGGAUUUGCCGCCCACCAAGGGCAAAAACCCCAAGAACGAGGAGGAGGAGUUGGUGCGUGAGACCUCCCCAGAUGAGAAGCUCUCAGGUUUGGCCUUCAAAGUGGCAGCGGAUCCUUACAUCGGCACCCUGACCUUCUACAGAAUCUACUCUGGAAAGGUGAAAGCAGGCGACAUGGUGUGGAACCCCAGGAGCAAGAGCAAGGAGCGCAUGGGUCGCAUGGUCCUGAUGCACAGCAACAAGCGCGAGGAGAUCAAAGAGGCCCAGUGUGGCGACAUCAUCGCCAUCGUCGGGCUGAAGGACACCACCACUGGUGAUACCUUGUGCGCUGUGGAUGCCCCGGUGGUCUUGGAGAAGAUGGACUUCCCAGAGCCGGUGAUCAAGGUCAGUUGCGAGCCAACUUCUCAGAAGGAUGCGGAUAAGUUGGGUGAGGCCCUGAACAAGUUGGCCGCUGAGGAUCCGUCGUUCCGCUACAGCCGAGAUGAGGAGUCUAACCAGACGGUCAUCGAGGGCAUGGGGGAGCUGCACUUGGAGAUUAUCAUCGAUCGCCUGAAGCGCGAAUUCAAAGUUGAGGCUGAGGUUGGCAAGCCUCAGGUGGCCUACCGCGAGACGAUUACCGAGCCAGUAGAGUUGUGGUACACCCACAAGAAGCAGACAGGUGGCUCUGGACAAUAUGCCAAGCUCUGCAUGGUCUACGAGCCCAACCCCGGCGAAGGCUUUGAGUUUGAGAACUCCGUGGUGGGCGGUGCAGUGCCCAAAGAGUACGUCCCCGCGGUGGUGAAGGGAACAGAGGGGGAGUUGUUGAACGGCAUUCGCAUGGGCUUCCCAGUGGUGGAUGUGAAACGCUCGCUUAAGGAUGGUGGCUUUCACCCGGUGGACUCUUCUGCCAUUGCCUUCGAGAUUGCAGCCCGUGCGGCCUUUAAAGAGGGUGCGGGCAAGGCGAAGCCGAUUGUCAUGGAGCCCAUCAUGAAGGUGGAAGUAAUUACACCAGAAGAGUACAUGGGUAACAUCAUCGGAGAUCUUAACAGCCGCCGUGGCAUUGUCAACGAGUUGGGCACCCGCAGCAAUUUGCACGUGGUGAAUGCAAGUGUUCCCUUGGCAGAGAUGUUCAGCUACAUCGCAGAGCUCAGAAACUUGUCCAAAGGUCGAGCCAACUACAGCAUGGAGUUUGAGAAGUACGAACCUGUGCCUGAGAAUGUUGCUGCCCCUCGCGACGUGCAAGGCGCCUGGAAGAUCGAUGAUGUGGGAACUGGCGAAGGAAGUGCCACCGCAUCAGGUCCAGAAUACCAGGCAGUUCUGCAGGCGGAAAAGGUGCGCGGCAGCCUGACGAAGCAGGUCGAGGAAGCUGAACGACGUUUUGAGGCCAAACGUUGGGAUGCCCUGAAGUCUGCGAUGGAGAGGCUGCAGGAUGCCCACAUCCAGGAAGACAUCUGGGAUCGCUGGGCUUCAGCGAUCCGAACCGAAAAGCACUGGAGUAUCUUGCACGCUGUGAGCGGAGCGGCUUUGCAGCUGAAACGACGGCUGCACACUCGACGUUUGGAGGCUGUAUUGCAAGCCGAAAAGGUCUCACUGACCCAGCUAGACGAGGCCGCAGACGCAGCCGAAGCUGGUCAGGUGGACAAGGACUUAGUGGCCAAGGCACGAGCGGAGGCCAGUACAGCGCGUCAGAGAUGGAAGGAUGCCAAGGAAGCCAUGGACAAGAAGCUUGUGGACAGAGCAGAUGUCAUGGUUUGGAAGUUGAAGAAAGGCCGAGUGUGUGUUGAUGAGCUGGUCAACAGACAAGGGCUGUUGUGGGACUUGGUGGAUGCCAUUCAGGACGCAGAAGCUUCCAAAGACUGGCAGGCCAUGCGCGAUGCCGUCGCUGGAUGGACAGAGGAGCGCCCUGGGAUUGAGCAUGAGGCCUUCAAGGCGCCGGAGAGUGCCACGCAGCUCUUCCGCGCGGCGCAGAAGCGGCAAGAUGAGCUGCGGCUGCGGGAGCUACGGCAGGAUGUCAACGACAUUCUCAACAGCCGCCGGGAUGCAGCGAGUGGUCGAGCUGUGCCCAGUGCCAAAAUCGUCAAUUCAUUGCAAGGAGCCGCACAGAAACCGCUGAUGGCAGGCUACAGGAUCUGGGCAUGGCUGGCCCUGCUGCAGCUGGCUGCUGCGCGGGUAGGGAUGACCAGCUCAGCAUUGACCACUGGAACCUUCGACGGCUUCAUCAGAGGUGCGGACAAGGCGCUGGUGGAUUUCUAUGACAGGAACAUUGAUGGAUGGGCAGAGCAGAAGGGCGAACUGGAACGGGCCCUCAGAGAGGUGAGGGAUUACGGGAGCAGAGUGGCUUUUGCGACAGUGGAUGCCGUGGCUGAGAAGGAUUUGGCCAAGAGAUAUGUUCCAAGUGGCAACUAUCCGCAGCUAAUGUGGUUCACCCAUGGUGAGCCCACGCAGUACCAUCGCUCGCUGCGCACGGCCAAGGCGAUGACCGACUUUGUUCUAGCGCUGGACCGAGAUCCCAUGUUAGAGGUCAAGAGCCAAGAGGAGGCCGCAUCUUCCUUCAACCGCGCUGUCUAUGGUACCGUGAAGCGGGGCUCGCCCGGCUACAAGGCCUUGGAGGUGGUGGCGGCCAAGCACAUGGACACCGUGGCCGUGACCUUCCGAGAAAGCGCCGAGAAUCAGGUGCUCUACCUGGACGAAGGCAAGGGCGAACCCGUGGCGUACAAUGGCCAGUUGGAUGCCGGAUCUCUGGAUCAGUGGCUCAAGGAGCUCCUAACGAAAUCGGAACCUAUUCCAGAGGGGCAUCCGGUGUACAUCGAUGGUUCCCUCGUAGUGGUGGGCAAGACCUUUGAAGAAGUCGUCUCGAAUAAGGACCAGGAUGUUUUUAUGCUCGUCUAUGCACCUUGGUGUGGCUUCUCCCGAAAAGUUUUGCCUGUUUGGAAAUCCUUCGCGCAAGCCGUGUCACAGGUGAAGCAUCUGGUGGUGGCGAAGAUGGAUGGCGAUCAAAAUAGUUCGCCAUUGCAGGAGGAGUUCUCCUGGACUUCCUAUCCACACAUUUUCUUUGUGAAGGCCGGAACAAAGAAACCCAUCGUCUUCCAUGGCAACCGGACCGUGUCACACUUCGUCCAGUUCGCCGAAGAGCAUGGCUCCAAGCGUUUGGAGCUGGAUCCCAGUCUGAAGGAUCCCAUGUCCUCACUGUCUGCCACGGAAGCGAAAGCGGAAUUGCAGCGCUGCGCCAAGUUGGUGCGCGAGAUGCUGAGAUUGGGCUGGGAAAUGACUCCUGCGCGAAAUGCUCGCCUUCUUCUAGCCUUAGGAAAGGUCAAAGCUGAAGGAGGCCGAGAGGUCAGCCUUGCACGCUUCAACGCGGCUUUGUUGCAGAUGCUGGAAGGUUCUCCCCAAGUGGUUUUAGUCUUGGACACCUCCGGAGUGAAAGACAUGUUCGAGGAGGAGCUGCGAGCGGCCGCCCUCCGCCUGGCGGAGGGCAUCCGUCGAAACACCUCAGGUUCUGCUUGUGCAGUGGUCACCUACAGCCCUGUAGAAGUCCUCUCCGACCUCAGCAGCGACUUCACGCAGCUGCGCACGCUGCUGGCAGGGCUGCGCUGUCGCGCUGGCAAGCCGCAAAGUGCUAAGGCGCUGCGGGAAGCCAAGCAGCUUCUGAAGCUGGAGAAAAGCGAGCCGCAGGCGCCAGACCGUCAGCAAGUGAUUCUACAUCUCACAGCAGCACCUGAGAACACCAAGGAUUCACAGAAGGCCUUGAAAGUGCUGGAUGCCCUGCAAGUCUCGGUCCUGGGCUUGGGCAUUGGUAGCGUGAAGGCCGGCUCUUGUGAGACUGAAACAAGCGGACCCGCCCCCGCCCGGGCGCGGCGCCGCGUGCCGCGGGAGCGGGGCUCGGCCCAAAAAGAACGGCUGGUGAUCCCCGAAGUCCGGCAGAGAAAUUGCGGAAGGCUGAUGAUCAGCAAUCGACACAUCUUUCCAGUGGUGGUCAAAGUGUGGUCACUUACUGGUCAUUUUCCAUCCAUAUUUUGGGAUGAUGACCCCCAAGUGAUGUAUUUUUGCAUAUUUUUGCAAAUCCCCAGGAAAAUCAUUGUGAUGCCCUGCUGCUACGAUGGACUCACUGCCAAGUUGAUCGAGCGCGAGGGAUUUCAGCUGACCUUUAUGACAGGAUUUGGCGUCAGCGCGGUGCAUGGAUUUGCUGAUUGCCAGCUGGUUUCUUACCAGGAGAUGUUGGAAAGCGCGUUUCGAAUCUGUGGCUCUUUGCAGGAGAUCUGCUGCAUUGGUGAUGGCGACACGGGCUACGGCAACGCGGUGAAUGUGAAACGCACGGUUCGGGGCUAUGCCCAGGCCGGUAUGGCGGGCAUCAUGAUUGAAGACCAGGUGGCGCCCAAACGUUGCGGCCACACCAAAGGCACCAGUGUGGUCAGUCGCGCCGAAGCUGUCGCGCGGGUGAAAGCUGCCUGCGAUGCACGGGAUGAGGGCCAGGAAAUUUGUAUCAUGGCCCGCACUGAUGCGCGUGCGACCUUGGGCUUGGACGAAGCUAUUGACAGGUGCUUGGCUUUCGUGGAAGCCGGUGCUGACAUUACCUUCUUGGAAGCACCACGCAGUGAGGAGGAGAUGAAGAGGUACUGCCAGGAGGUGCCAGGGUACAAGAUGGUGAACAUGCUCCCCAGUGGUAAGACCCCAUUUCUGAGCCACCAACUGCUGCAUGACUUGGGUUUUGCCAUCGCUGCGUAUCCCUUGACCCUGCUGUCUGCUGGCCUCAAAGCGCAAGAAGCAGCUCUGCAGAGCUUGAAGCAAAAGGGCCAGGUUGAGGCUGGAAUGGAGCUCAACUUCGACAAGCUGAAGGACAUCGUUGGUUUUAACAAAUAUUACAGCGAGGAGGAACGCUACCGAACUUCCUGAUCAGCCACAAAUGCAGCGACAGCUGGGCAAACCAGUCGACCAGCCAAAAGGUGAAGCGCGGAGCAAAAGUUACGGCAAGUCGCAGAUGGAAAACCCGUGGUGAAUAGCAGCAUGUUGUGCAGGGCUACCCGGCCUUUCCCCCCAUUUUUUACAAUGGAAAAGCCAUGUGCAGGGCGACCCAAAAAGGGCUACCAAUGGUUCCACAAAA